UACUGUGUCGAGACAUUACUGUAGUAUUGCAUCAUUCAUAUAUUGAUAUGUUUUCAUCAAAUUGUGACAUAUAGUGGUCAGUGUUUGUUACCUGUGACAAAUUUUUGUGAUCUGUUUGUGUCAUAAAGUUGUGAAAACUACUUCUUCGAGCGGAGGAACUUCUGUGAUACAAUUUGUGAAGAAUAGUUCAAGUGAGUGAAAGGAAAAUAGUAUUGUUCACGGUCGUGGUUACCUUAACCUGUGAUGAUUGCAUUCGAGGUGGUCUUAUCACAAUAGUUAUUGUUUCUGGAGAAAUAAAGAUGCCAUGCUGGUAUUACGAGAAGAAGGAGCUAAGAAAUACUCCGUCUAUUCAGGAUGGAAUCGAUUAUGAGACUGAAUGUAGAUAUCGAAAAGAGGGAGCAAGAUUUAUCAUCGACACUGGAACAAAAAUGGACUUGGGUUAUAAUACUAUGGCCACUGGUGUUGUUUAUUUUCAUCGAUUUUAUAUGUUUCAUUCGUUCAAGAACUUUCCAAGAUAUGUGACUGCUUGCUGCUGCUUAUUUCUUGCUGGGAAAGUAGAAGAAACACCAAAAAAGUGUAAAGAUAUCAUAAAGACUGCUAAAACUUUGUUGACAGACCAAAAAUUCAUGACAUUUGGAGAAGAUCCUAAAGAAGAAGUCAUGACAUUGGAAAGGAUUUUAUUACAAACCAUUAAAUUUGACCUCCAAGUUGAACAUCCAUAUAGCUACUUAUUGAAAUAUGCCAAAUGCCUUAGAGGUGACAGAAAUAAGUUACAAAAAAUGGUCCAAAUGGCUUGGACGUUUGUAAACGAUAGUUUAUGUACCACAUUGUCUUUGCAAUGGGAACCAGAAAUAAUAGCUGUAGCCCUCAUGUAUUUAGCGGGAAAGCUCAGUAAGUUUGAAGUUGUAGAUUGGAAUGGAAGGCAACCGAAACAUUUACGAUGGUGGGACAUGUUUGUUGAAGAUGUUACUAUGGAUCUUUUAGAAGAUAUAUGCCAUCAAGUAUUAGAUUUGUAUUCACAAGCCAAUAACACGAAGCCACCAGAUUCACCACCAAUGACACCAUCUAAUGAACCAUGUAGAGAUAGAGCUAUAGUGCCACCUCCUACUGAUUCAGCAUCUACUACUCCAAAUGGGAAGUCUGCUAAAGUUGAAGUACCUGCAGUCUCCGCGAACGGAUGUCCAACAACAGAUGCUACGGAAACAAUGAAACCAAUGGACGUUCCGCCGCAUUUUCCAACGUAUCCAGCUAAUUUUGCGCCGAAUAAUACAAACUAUCCGCCAGCGUUUCCUCCAGCAAAUGUUUCAAUACCUCCACCCCCUGUGAACGCUAUGAAUCAUAUUGUUCCUCCUAUGCACCAUAUUGGAUCAUCUGGUCCCAUUAGGCCUGCACCACCAGCUCCUACUACAACGCAACCACCGUUCCAACCCUAUCCUUAUCCUACAAAUGCAUCAUAUUUCCCUCCUAGUAAUCCUGUACCACAAACGCCUACACCGCGAACAUACUAUCCCCCACAGCCUUAACACAUGGAACAUUGUACCAAAAAUAUAAUUUUUACCGAUGUAAGUGUUACUAUUACGAUUAAAAUUAGUAUAUCGAAGGAGUACUGAUCGAAGCCUUGUAAAUAUUGUAAAUAUGUAAGGUUUGCUAUCAACAUUAGUAUUUCAAUAAAACAUUUAUAUCAUUAACGUCUGGUUUA